UAAAAAGUUGUUGGAGAAAAAAAGGAAAAGGUCACAAGAGGGGAAUAUGGAGGAAUCAGUUGGUAAGAGGCGUGACAGACAUCGUCCUCUUGUUCAGGUACUCCUGAGUAGUGCAAAACUGCCCCACCAUGACCACACUCACCCCUUGCAGUCAAAGGCUGAUGGAGGGGAGGAGCAGAGAAAAGUAGUACACCGUGCAACGGGUGGCAAUGAUCCAGGUGGCACUAGAGAAGCUAUCCCUGACCAAGUGGAAAAUUCAGCACCCAAGUUUGAGAAAAGGAACGAGUCCUUCCCUGUUGCAUUGAGUGAAGAAAACACUACUGAAUCUAAUGAAGACACUGAAACUGAUUCUUCUGGCACUGAAUCUCUGAUGUCGGACACAUAUGACGCAAUGGCUGCACUUUCAGAUGAAGCUGAAGAUGUUGAAUUCAUACCAAAAGCAUUUGGAAGGCAAGGGGUACAUGAGGAGAGCAUGAGUGAUGAUGAGUCAGGAGGAGUUCCUGAUGAUUCCGUAGCAACAGUCUCCAAAUGGCAGCUGAAGGGAAAAAGGAAUAGUCGCAUUUUCAGGAAGAGAAAGGUAGCUACAAAUUCCAGCCACUGGAUGCCGGGUUUCAAUGGAAUUGACACAAGUUUAAGUUUGAGAAGCGAAGCUAGUGGAGGCUUGUUAGACAUGUUGAGUUGGGAUGAUGAUCCUGAUCCUUACCCUUGUUGUUUGAAGGGAUACUCAUACUCAUACUCAUACUCAUACUCAGGUGAGUACCAAAUAUACGAUGACGAUGAUGAUGAUAAUGAUGAUGACGACGAUGAUGUGAGGAGGCAUGGGACCCGGAUGUUGAUUGAUGUUGAAGUAGGAGUGCAAUCAAGUUAUCAGAGAGAACAUGUGCCCAUGAUUUCCCUGAUGAGCAAAUUGAAUGACAAGGCCAUAGUGGGUCACCCUAUUCCAGUAGAAGCCGUGGAAGAUGGUUCAUCUGCUGAUAUGUUCCAAAUGGAAUCAUUAUUAUUAUUAGGUGGUGGUGACACAAGUGCGCCGCUUCAACCAUGGAGGACCGCCAGGAGGACCGCCAAGUGUUGGGGGGUUGCACUUGCACGGCCGCCUCAAUUUUUAUCAACAUUAGAGGAAGAAGAAGAAGAAGAAGAGGCGGUGGCCUCCUUUCAGUUUCAGGAGUAUUAUGAUGAAGAUGGAAAAGCAAGUGUAAAUCGCAGCAACAGCAAGGGAAGAAAGUGGGCUGCAUCAAAAAAGCCACAAAGGAGGACCACCUCAUAUUGCAACAGUCAGAAAAUAAGGACGUUAUCAUUAACAGGUGGGACCCAGCAGCAGCAACAACAGCAACACAAUAUGGAUUUGAAAGCAGAAGGUGAACAAGGGAUAGGGAUGAUGAUGAUGAUGAUGAUGAAACCAGAGCCAUUUCCCACAUUAGUUGCUUGUAUCCCCGUUAAAUUAGUGUUGAGUAGGUUACAUGAGGACCUGGUUGCCCCCCGCCAUCAAUAA